AUGAAGCCUCAAACCGCUGCCCUCCUCCUCACCCUCUGCGGCUCUGCUUUGGCCGUUCCCGUCCCCAACAACGAGAAGCCCCAAGAACAGCCGACUGCUGCUGGCUCAGUGGCGUCUGUGACUGGUGCCCCUUCAAGCCUGCCUGUUGGCUUCCCUCAGGAGUCCGGCACUCCUGCUGGCGCUCCCUCCGGCUUGCCUUCGAACUUCCCUCCGGCCCCUGGUCCCUCCGGGUUCCCCUCUGCUCCUUCUGACGCUGCUUCGCACAGCUUCGCACCCUCAGGCCCCGCUCCUUCGGGCCCUGCUCCCUCCGGUGGCGCUUUUGGCUCGAACCAAUUUGGAUCUAACCCGUUUGGUUCGGCUCCGUUCGGCACUGCACCAUUCGGUGCUGGCCCUACUCCUUCUGGCCCUCCUCCGUUCGGCGGUCCCUCCGGAUUCCCCUCUGGUACUCCCUCUGGCCCAUCGCAGGGCCCCAAGCCCACUGGUGGCUUUGGCCAGCAGCAGCAGAAGCGCUCUCAGCCUUCUGAGGAGGGUCAGAAACAGGGCCAGUUUGGUGAGGAAGGUGGUCCUCCGUUUGCCUCGGGCGCUAUUCCUUCCGGCCCUGCUCCCUCGGGCCCUACCCCCUCAGGCCCCGCUCCCUCUGAUGGUCCCGGGGGCUUCGGUGGCCCUCCCGGUGGUUUCGGUGGCCCUAAGCCCUCUGGCCCUGCUCCCUCGGGUGCCUCUCCCUCGGGCGGCUUCGGCGGCUUCGGCGGUCCCUCGCCGUUCGGUGGCUUUGGUGCUGGUCCCUCGGGCGCUGCUCCUUCUGGCCCUGCUUCCUCUGGCGGUGCUUUCGGCCCCAACCCCUUUGGCUCGAACCCUUUCGGUUCUAGCCCUUUCGGUUCUAACCCAUUCGGCUCUGCUCCCUUCGGUGCUGGCCCUACUCCCUCGGGCCCUGCUCCUUCUGGCUCUGCGCCCUUUGGAACUCCCUCUGCCUUCCCUACUCCUUUCGCGCAGUAA